AUGACGGCGGGUGUGCACCGGCUGUGGUCGCACCGGUCAUACAGGGCUGCCCUCCCGUUACGGAUAAUCCUCAUCCUAUGCAACACCAUAUGCUACCAGAACUCGGUGUACGAGUGGGCCCGGGAUCACCGGGUGCACCACAAACACACCGACACCGACGCCGACCCCCAUAACUCACGGCGCGGUUUCUUUUUCGCGCACUGCGGUUGGCUUAUGUGCCAAAAGCACCCGGAUGUUGUCAGUGAGGGUCGCAAAAUUGACACGACUGACCUGUUGGCCGACCCCCUGGUGGCGUUCCAGUACAGGAACCUUAUGCCCAUGGUGAUUGUCGGGUGCUUUAUUAUGCCCACGAUGGUGCCCUGGUACUUUUGGAGCGAGAGCGUGUGGAACGCCUACUUUGUGUGCGGUAUGCUAAGGUGGGCGGCGGCGUUGAAUGGUACUUGGUGCAUUAAUUCAGCCGCGCAUAAGUUCGGUAGCCAGCCCUAUGAUGUCAGUAUUGAGCCCCGGGAGCACCUAUUGACCUCGGUACUCGCUUUAGGUGAGGGCUGGCAUAACUACCAUCACGCCUUUCCCUGGGACUACAGAGCCAGCGAGUGGGGCUGGAAUGUGAACGGCACGACCCUCGUGUUGGACAUGUUGGCCACCAUUGGUUGGGCACACCAUCGCAAACGUGUCAGCCCCGAGAUGGUGGCCGCCCGUAAGGCUAGGACUGGACCCCAGGUCCACGAGUGCGCCGCCAUUGAGUACCACGAGUAUUGA